AUGGAGCUUCCUCCGCUGACCUUGGAGGUGCUUUCGCAGCUGGUAGCCUCCAACGCUCCACCAUCACAGCUCUUCGAGGCCCUGUCGCGAUAUGAGCUUCAAGCAUGCCUCAUGUCUACUGGUGGUGACUCUACACUAUUGAGCCUGUUCUACACGAGCUUCUUUCUCGUCCAUCUUCUUACCGAUCAAGUAUCUGAAGCUCGUGCCUUAACAAAACGAAUUCCUGAAGCUUUACUGCAACAGGAUCCUUCUCUACAGAACUGCUUGACUUUACUGCGAGCCGUAUGGCAGACUCAACACGGCCAGGUCUACCAGAUACUCCGAGGGCUACCAUGGCCAGACGUUUUGCAGCCAUUGGUUCGGAGAUAUGAGAGCUUCUUCCAAGACAAGACCUUGAUCGCAGUGAGCAGGUCUUACGAAGCCAUACGAUUAGCUACAGCUGCAACCUAUCUUGGCCUUGAUGAACAACUCGCCACCCAGGAAGAUUCCAACAUAAUAUCGAACUUCACAAAAUGUGGAUGGACAUGGGAUCCGGAAUCAAAGUUGUUGUAUCCUAAGCCUAUCGUCGUAUCGCCCGUGGAGCCUCAGUCUUCCAAUGGGAUUCGCAAGGCAAUGGCAAUGCUAGGAACGCGUGCAGGUUAA